AUGGAUAACAAUGAUUUAGACGGAGUUAAUGAAGAUUUAGCAGACUUUAAUAUACAAUCUACAUCAACUUCCGAAACGGCUGAAGAAUUCAAUGUUAAUGAUGCGGUAGAAGAUUUAGGAAUAUUUUUUAGUUAUUUAACAGAAUUAUUAGAACUUAUGGCUGGUAUAGAUACUAAUGAAAAGUUUAAUGAUGUACGUUCAAAAUUAAUUACUGGAGAAACAACUUAUCCACCAUGUUUUAAGCAUAUUGUAACAAAAUAUUUUAAAUUGUUGCCUAAACCUAAAAAGAAAGGAUAUACACUUAUAGGCAAAGAAAUUAGUGAUUAUUUAAAACAAUUUUUAAAAGUUAAUAAUAAUAAUAAUAUUCUUACUGAUCAUCCGAGCCUAGAAGACGAUGUUACUUAUGAUGAAUUGAUUACAUUUAUAAAAAGUUGUAAAUCAACAAUUUCUAAUGAUGAUCAAAAAGCCUUAAAAAAAAAAAUGUAUUUAUGGGUUUUUCUUAGAAAAAUUUCAUAUAGAACAUCAGUGUAA